AUGUUUACUGACACAAAUCUUUCAUUGGAAUUGUGUACGACAGGUUCGAGUUUGCAUCACUCACUUUUGCACGUUAAUUCACACACACAACACAAUUCCAUUGCUAAUCCAAAUACUUCAACAACACAAUCACAACAACAGGUUGCCCAGCCUAAGGAUCAACAGGUAGCUUAUAACCCAAACGCUCCUGCGUUCCAACCAAUGGGUGAUAAUGCACCAGGUCGCAGUACACGACACAAUUAUCAUGCUUCACGACUCCAUGGUACGCAAAUUUUAUUAGCCACUGCUGUAGUUAGGGUUAAAUCUGGAGAUGGGAGAUUCGCAGACCUACGAGCCCUAAUUGAUCCAGGCUCAGAUGCCACUUUUAUUUCUGAGUCUGCAGCAAGGCUUUUAAAUCUACCAAGGCAUCCAACAUCCGUAAAGGUAUCAGGGUUAGGGAAGGUCAGCAACGGCACCAGUCAAAACUACGUUGACAUAAUGUUUUCUUCAAAGCAUUCGAGGUUUGAAGGCUCAACCAAGGCGUUCAUCUUUAAGUCGUUGACUGGCCUUCUUCCGGCCCACAAAAUGAUACACAACACAUGGGAACACCUAACUGAUUUACAGUUAGCAGACCCUAAUUUUCAUAUUCCAGCUCCAAUCGAUAUACUUUUUGGCUCAGAUGUUUAUCCCGAAAUCAUUUUGCCGGAUAUAAUCCGCAAUGAGCAAGAAAUUGCCCCUAUAGCUCAGAACACUCACUUAGGGUAUAUUAUAUUAGGCAAAAUUCCUGAGAUAGCACCGAAAAGCAUAUGUAGCUUCUUUCAACACAUCGAUCUUGAUACGCAAAUCCGACAAUUUUGGGAGAUGGAACAAACUCCAUUCGUAACUCACCCGUCGGAAGAAGAUGCCGCCUGUGAUAAGUACUUUUCAAAAACAACAAAACGUCUCCCAGAUGGACGGUAUGAAGUUGGUCUUCCGUUCAAGGAAGGAUUCUAUCCCGAACUCGGACUCAGUAAGGAAAAUGCAGUCAGACGCUUCUCAUCUCUGGAAAGACGAUUGGACAAGGAUCCAAAGCUAAAAGCGAGUUACAGCCAAUGUAUAAUGGAAUAUCUUAGUUUAAAUCACAUGGAAGAGGUAAAUCUGGAUGAUCCAAUUUUAAAAUCACCUUUUCAUUACUUUUUACCCCAUCACGCUGUGUUCAAAGAAUCUAGUACAACCACAAAAUUAAGAGUCGUCUUUGACGCAGCUGCAAAAACUUAUGAUGGAACUUCUUUAAACCAACACCUGAUGAUCGGCCCUAAAUUGCAAAAAAACAUUGUCGAUAUAAUAUUAAAAUGGCGGCAACAUCGAUUCACCAUAACAGCUGACAUCGAGAAAAUGUACCGCCAAAUUCUCGUAAAAGAUGCGGAUCAAUAUUACCAACUUAUCCUUUGGAGAUAUAAUCUUGAUCAACCCAUCAAAGUCUUCAAACUUAAGACUGUCACUUUUGACACGGCUUGUGCGCCUUAUUUGGCCAUCCGUGUCUUACACCAAGUCGCUGAGGAUGAAGGUGAAAAUUAUCCCAAAGGAUCUAUAGCAGUAAGAGAAGAGAUGUAUGUGGACGAUUUUAUCAGUGGAGGUGAUUCCAUCGACGAAACUCGCAUCAGGCGUGAAGAAACACGCGCUCUGCUGGCUUCAGCAGGAUUUAAACUGCGGAAAUGGACUUCCAACUGCAAAGAUCUUCUACAAGAUCUCCCCAAAGAAGAUUGCGAGGUCAGCUUUGAAUUGCCUUUUGGAUCAACCGAUCUUCGCGAUGAAGAUGACGAUGACGAUGAUGGUGACGGUGACGGUGACUGUGACGGUGAUGGAGCUGGACCUGGAGCUGGAGCUGGUCCUGGAGUUGUUAUGCGGUGGCAGCGGCAAGACUUAACUCUGAUGAUUGCAAAACCCCUCACUCAACUGACGUAUGGCUACGAUGACGCGAAGCGACGGAAGACGGGACUGCUGCAGCUAUGGGGGAGACUGGGUGCGAACAAUAAUUUGACAGUGGAGUGA